UGCUCUCCCCCAGCACCGGCCGGAGCCGCCUUUAUUGUGUUAACCCAUUUGCGUGUCAAGAGCUAUUGUGCGCUUCCUCGCCGCCUGUGCGGUGCGGCCGGCCGAGGGAGGAGGGCUGCGCUGCCGGCCGGUCACCUCCGCGGGCGCCGCCCGCCGCCCUGAUUGGUUGCUAAGCGAUUUGCAUCCAAGGGAUCCUGCCGCAGAGCACGCCCCGCCCGGGGCUCCCCGAUCAGCCAUGCUGGCCUGUCUGCAGAGGACUCAGAACCCACCUGGCCAGCACCUGGCCUGUCCAAGCAAGAGCCUGGAGCUGCGCAAGUGCGAGUCAGUGGCCAGCUCUAUGCAUUCCGCCCGCUACCCAAGCCCAGCCGAGCUGGAUGCCUACGCCGAGAAGGUGGCCAACAGCCCACUGUCCAUCAAAAUCUUCCCCACCAACAUCCGAGUGCCGCAGCACAAGCACCUGAGCCGCACGGUCAACGGCUAUGACACCAGCGGCCAGCGCUACAGCCCCUACCCUCAGCACGCCGCCGCCGGCUACCAGGGCCUGCUGGCCAUCGUCAAGGCUGCGGUCUCCUCCUCUGGUUCGGCCGUGCCUGCUGGGCACACCAAGAGUGUGCUUAAGAGUGUGGAGGGCAAGCGGACUAAACUGUCACCGGCCACCGUGCAGGUGGGCAUCGCACCCUACCCGGUGCCCAGCACCCUGGGGCCUCUGGCUUACCCGAAGCCACCCGAGGCACCUGCCCCACCCCCCAGCCUGCCGGCAGCAGCCACUGCCACCUCCGUGAUCCCUCUGCCGGGCCGGGGCCUGCCCUUGCCACCCUCCAACCUGCCCUCUAUCCACAGCCUCCUCUGCCAGUUCAACCAACAGUGCCAGGCCCCGGGGGCUGCACCGAGCGCCUGUCAGGGCGUGGCUGUGCCCCACCCGAGUCCAGCCAAGCACGGCCCGGUGCCCAGCUUUCCGAGCAUGGCUUACUCAGCCACGGCCGGUCUGCCGGACUGCCGGAAAGGCACAGAACUGAGCCAGGGGGCCACAUCAGCCCUGACGCUGGCUGGGGCCACCAAGCCAGCAGGGUAUGCCGAAGGUGGCCUGGACUACCUGCUGUGGCCCCAGAAGCCGCCCCCGCCCCCGCCCCAGGCCCUUCGAGCCUAUGGAAGCAGCACUGGCACCAGCAAGUCCCCCGAGACUUGUGGCGGGCGGGCGUUCGAGAGGGCCAACGGGUCGCCCCACAACUGUGGCGUGGGACUGCCCACCGGCUUCACCGUGGGUCAGUACUUCGCGGCCCCCUGGAACAGUGUUCUGGUGACGCCGACCAGCGACUGCUACAACCCUGCAGCAGCGGCAGUGACAGAGCUCGGGCCCGGGGUUGCCAGGGAGCUCGCCGGGCCUCCCGCCGACACACUCUCGGGCCUGGCCAGCAAGAGUGUGUGCAAUACCGCGGUGCUGAGCAGCAGCCUCCAGUCGCUGGAGUAUCUCAUCAAUGACAUCCGGCCACCCUGUAUCAAGGAGCAGAUGCUGGGCAAGGGAUACGAGACGGUGGCCGUGCCCCGGCUGCUGGACCACCAGCACGCCCACAUCCGCCUGCCGGUCUACAGAUAAGGUCUGCCCGCCCGGCGGGCACGUGGGACUGACGGACAGAUGGACAGGGUGCUGGGGGUUGGCAGGCCACAGCACAGGCUGGUUACCCUCCGCGCUGCUGCUGCGGUAGGGAGGCAGGUUGACCUCACAUACCAGGGCUUCUCCCCCAACUGGCUGCCCCAGGAAGCAGGGAGGGAUCCAGGGCUGCCUGCAAGGCCGGUCCUUCCUCCACUGAGGCAGGGAGGGAGGACCUUCUGCAGACAGAAAGUUCCUUCUGGGGCUCCAGCAGAGGCGCUCAGACCAGGGGUGCUCCAGUCAGCACACGUCACACACUGGGUUUCUACCCACAAUUCCCUAGUCUCUCAGAAAAGGAGCAGAAGGGAUCCAUAGGAAGUCCCUGGGUCCAAAGUGCCCCCCACCAACUAAUCCAGGUAAAGACUACUCUGACUCCAGACUCCUAGAGGCCUCAGGACAACCAGCCCCCUGUUCCUCCUGACUCUCCCCUCCCCAUCCUUCCUAACAGGAAUCACGUCCCACCCUCCUCUCUACACCCUGGACCAGCCUCUUCUCUGUUCCCUCCAAUACACCUUACAGGGCUGCUGGGAACAGCUGGUGCACUGCACAAGGGCACGUUGCCCAGGGAGACUCCCCUGGCACCCUAGACUUGUAUAUUUAUUACAGUUGUCUGCAUUUCGAGAAAGGGCCACCAUUUCCCUAUUCGCACAAAGAUGUCACAGGGGCUAGCAAGGAGCCUGUAAAUUCAGACUCCGUUCACACGGACGAUCUUGUCUUCUUCCAGUGUGGGGUCUCCUGGGAACUAGUGAGAGGGUGACCUACUGGCUAUAACUGGAAUACCCAAUCCAACUCCUGGUCUGCACCCCACUCCCCACCCCCAGGCCCGGCCUGCACUGCUGUGGGGUAGGGUGGGGUGGGGUAGAUAAACCCCAGAAGUCGUCAAGGCCUGCAGUCCCCUGGCCCCAGCCCGGCCUCCAGGCGCUCGCUCCGGAAGUGGUACCGUAUCUCUCCAAGGCCUGUCCAAGCACUAAGUGCAUUUACAAAUCUCUGAGAAUGUUUUUUUUAUACUAAAAUUGACCAUUAUAUUCUACUGUGAGAAGUGCAGCCUGCACUAUAUUGUUUUAAAAACGAAGAGAAAGAGAAAAAAAAAAAAGAAAACAGAUGUCGUCUCAGCUGUGAGCUUGCUAUGAAGCUGUUUUCAGUCUUGCUGGCUCCCUCCCUCAGGGAGCCACAGGAGGGCACCCCAGGGAGCCUGGCAGGGGUGGGGCGGGAGGGUGGCACACACGGUGUUCCAUGCCCAAGUUACUACAAAACUCUUCAAGCUGGGUGCUGCCCCACGCGUUCUACGUCAUGUUUGGUGGCCAGUGGUCCAUCCACCGGAACAAAAUCGGAGUCAAACCUGAGCGCCCAACGCUCUUUCUAGGGCUGGGGUGGUUUCAAACCCCCCCCCCAAUAAGCCGCGCCCCAGCUUCUGUCUAUCAUCCUCCCGGCCUAAAUGGUGGCAGACUAGCUGGGGACAGGCUUGCCAUCAUUCUGGCCAGCCCAGAGGACACUGGGCCAGACACCUGGCACAUACCCAUACCCUGCCAAUCCUGUCACCGGGAGCUCGUCAUUCACCAGGGACCAGUUGGAACUUGCCAGAGACUCACAAUGUUCUUGGAAGGUGGGAGUCUCUUGCCUAAGGAUAUAAUGCCAUGGACCAGGUGCUCACAUGGAGAAAGACAGGAAACCUGUCCUACGAUCUAUGGGGGAGGGGGAGGUCUGGGCUCCGAGCACCCUAGGUGAGAGCCAGAAAGAGGGUGGGCUUCGUUGCACCCUAUCCCCACCCAUGCUUGUCCCCAGCUCCUCUCCUUUCCAAGAGCCAGAUACCUAUGCCAGGGGAAAAAAAAAAUGGGACCUCCAGUCUGAGGCAGCCCUUCCGCCCCCUGCGGAGCCCGGGCCAGUGUGGUGGGACUUAGGGCAGAGGUAAGAACGUCCCAUGUCAGCCAAGCCCUCAGCUGUGGCUGCAGUCUCCUGAAACCUUUUAGCAACCCAGAGUCCACUCAGAGGGAACAGCCUCCACGUGGCCACGUGUGGACAAGACCAGGCUUUUCCGUGGGAAGUUCACGAGCCGGGCAUAUCUGAUAGCCCAGGGGGAUGUGGGAGACCAGGUUACCCAGAGAAUCAGCAGGUGACAUGACCUCAGUGGCCCAAUCAGGUGAGCAAUGAGAUCACACCUGUUUCCCAGCGCAGACAUAGGACCCAAGGAACACCUGGAAAAUAAUGGCAGCCCCACACCACCUAAAACCAAAGCCAGUGGACACCCAGAGCCGAGACAGACACAGCAGGCAGCUGGACAGGGUCUGAGCCCCAACUGCUACAACCGAGCUGCCCUUAACUAGGCUUUCCCCCGAAAAAAACUGAUAUUGUGAUGAAAUAAAGCAUCAGAAGUAUUGA